CAAGUAAGUCCAUUGGGGGUGAACAGGGGUCUGGUCAAAUGCAGGCUAGGGAUUUUUCUAGCUCUAGGCAGUUUCCUUCCAAUAGACCUUAUAAUGUGAAGAAAUCCUUUAAAUCUUCAGUUCAGGAUAUUGAAUGUUAUCAUUGUCAUAAUUUUGGUCAUACACAACAAUUUUGUCCGGCCCUUAAGUCAAAACCAUCUCUUUUGUGUGCAGUUCCAAGGCCAGCUGUAGAGCCGGUAGGAAAGGAAGCUUGUACUGUCCCUGUGUUAAUUAAUGGGCGAAAAGAAGAAGCAUUGCUUGACUCUGGCUGUUUUCAAACGUUAGUACAUUCUAGCAUAAUUUCAGGAGAAAAGUUAAGUGGGGGGGGGACUACGAUAAGGUGUGUGCAUGGAGAUGAAUAUAGGUAUCCCACUGCGGAGGUUUACCUGACGGUGGGAGGGCAGACCUACUUGUUAGUGGUAGCUGUGGUUCCCAGUUUGCCAUAUUCAGUAAUACUUGGUAAUGACAUUCCCACUCUUUUUGAUCUGAUAUAUCAGUCAGAUUAUGGCCCUCAGGGGAGUAGUGAGAAAGAUAUUCAAGGCUCAGGUGAUGAAGCUGGAGGUUUACUUCCUCUAGAUGGGACAGUUGAUUCACGGAAAUCCUGUCAUGUAGUUACAAGAGCACAAAGGGCAAAGGAAAUGAUGCGAGAGCUACCUUUUUUUGAGGACUCUCUGGAGAUGGAGCCAGGAAAGAUUAGGAAGUCGAGGGCUCAGAAGAGAAGGGAAAAGUUCAAAAGCUCAGGGGAGAAGGGUAUAACAUUGUUCCCUAAGCCAAAUAAUCAACUUGAGUUUGACGUUCCCUCAGAUUUAGGUGCACUCCAAAGAAGCGACCCGACUCUAAAACCCUGGUAUGAGAAGGUAACGGAGGUAGAGGGAGUUAGUCAAGGUCAGGUAAGUUGUCUUGCAGAUACUAUGUAUUUGAUUAAGGGAGGCAUCUUGUAUCAGAGGAAGGGGAAGUGUGAAGCAAUGGCACUCCCUCAACAGUUUAGAAACAAAGUUAUGGAUUUGGGUCAUUCAAUUCCAUGGGCAGGUCAUAUGGCUUUUUAUAAAACACUGAAUAGGAUCAGUAGCCGGUUUGUUUGGCCAGGGAUGUAUGUACAGGUUUCUGAGUUCUGUCGUUCUUGUGAAAAAUGUCAGUUGAUCUCGGGCAAAGGAGUAGCGCCAGCCCAGUUGCAACCAUUACCAAUUAUUGAAACACCUUUUGAGAGGCUAGGCAUGGAUAUUGUGGGUCCUUUAGAGAGGAGUUCCACAGGCCAUCGCUAUAUAUUGGUUAUAUGUGACUAUGCGACACGGUUUCCGGAGGCCUUUCCACUCAGAUCAAUUAAAGCUCGUCAUGUUGCUAAUUGUCUGCUGCAGCUUUUCUCGAGGGUAGGGAUACCAAGAGAAAUUUUGACGGAUUGUGGCACGAACUUUCUAUCCAAGUUGUUGCAGCAAGUUUAUAAGCUGUUAGGGAUAAAGGGACUUAAGACCACCCCUUAUCACCCCCAAACGGACGGGCUAGUGGAGAGAUACAACCAGACUCUCAAAAAUAUGCUGCGCAAGUUUGUUUCUGAUACAGGUGCUGACUGGGAUCAAUGGCUGCCUUACCUUCUGUUUGCCUACCGAGAGGUCCCACAGGUUUCUACUGGCUUCUCACCUUUUGAACUGUUGUAUGGUUAUCAAGUGAGAGGCCCACUGGAUCUGCUUAAGGACUGUUGGGAGGAUUCUAAAGCAGAGGGUGAAAACAUCGCUGCUUAUGUCAUCAACAUGAGAGAGAGAUUGAAGAGAAUGGCAUCGUUGGUGCAGGACAACAUGAAAGCAGCACAAAAACAUCAGAAGACAUGGUAUGAUCAGAAGGCGAGGGAUAGAGGCUUUGUUCCGGGCCAGAAAGUACUGUUGUUGCUUCCUACCAGCGAUAACAAGUUGUUGACAAAAUGGCAUGGGCCAUAUGAAAUUGUCAGGCAAGUAAGUAAAGUCACUUAUGAAUUGAAUAUGCCAGAAAGAGCUAAAAAAUAUCAGACAUUUCAUGUGAACUUGUUGAAAGAAUUCCACAGCCGACAAGGGCCGGUCCAUCAGUUACUGGUGCGUUCAGUUAGGGAUGAGGAGGUGACGGAGAGGUUUUUUCCAACUAACACUGCAGAUUGUACUUCGGUUGACCUUUCUCAUUUGUCCCCUACGGAGCAGGUUGAUAUAAAACCACUCGUGGAUCCACAGCUCUUUCGAGAGACGCCAGGGUUUACAUCGCUGGUUCAACAUAACAUACGGGUGAAGGAGGACGCACCCGGUCGUCAAAAUAGUUACAGGAUUCCAGAACGGUUGGUGCCAGUGCUGAAGAAGGAGAUAAAACUGAUGUUGGAUCUAGGAAUUAUUGAGGGGUCGAGUAGUGAGUGGUGCAGUCCGAUUGUCUUGGUACCGAAAAAAGAUGAUACCUUGAGAUUCUGUAUUGAUUUCAGAUAUUUGAAUGCAGUAUCCAGGUUUGAUCCCUACCCAAUGCCCAGGGUAGAUGACCUGUUGGAGAGGGUUGGAUCAGCAAGGUAUAUCACGACACUGGAUCUGUGUAAGGGUUACUGGCAAGUGGCGUUGGCACCAGAAGCGAAAGAACUGACGGCCUUCAAAACUCCGUUUGGUAUGUACCAAUUUAAAGUCAUGCCAUUUGGGCUUCAAGGGGCACCAGCGACGUUCCAACGAUUAAUGGAUCAUGUACUGAGGGAUGUGUCAGCAUUUUCUGCAGCUUAUCUGGACGACGUGGUGGUGUACAGUGAGUCCUGGGAAGAGCAUGGUAUGCAUUUACAGAAGGUGCUACAUUGCAUCAGAAUGGCUGGAUUGACUAUUAACCCCAAGAAGUGUUCCAUAGCCCAGAGAGAAGUGGAGUACUUGGGCUUUGUGGUUGGCUCUGGGAAGAUAAAGCCACAGGUUGGGAAGAUCGAAGCAAUCCAGGCUUUCCCUGUUCCGAUGACGAAGAGGAAGGUGAGAGGUUUUCUGGGCCUGGUAGGCUGGUACAGGAAAUUCAUACCUUCUUUUGCAGAGCGAUCUGCUGCACUGAAUGACCUCACGAAGGGCUCAGCCCCCAACAAAGUACGGUGGACAGAAGAAUGUGAGCAAGCAUUUAGAGAUCUCAAGGAAGCAGUUUGCACAUAUCCGGUCCUACACAGUCCAGACGUCAAUAGGCCAUUCAUCUUGCAAACGGAUGCUUCAGGAGUGGGCCUUGGAGCAGUUCUUCAGCAAGAGGUGGAUGGUGAAAGAAGGCCUGUGGUGUUUCUGAGUCGGAAACUACUGGACAGGGAGACGAGGUAUUCGACGGUGGAGAAAGAGUGUUUGGCCAUGAAAUGGGCUGUUGAGGCCUUGAGGUAUUAUCUUCUGGGACGUCAUUUCACCCUAGAGACGGAUCAUCGCGCUCUCCAGUGGUUGAACCGCAUGAGGGAUGCAAAUGUUCGCAUUGCAGGAUGGUACCUGGCUUUGCAGCCUUAUGACUUUACGGUCCAGUAUAGGCCAGGGAAGUCAAAUGUGGUUGCUGAUUGUUUAUCUAGGAUGACAGAGGACUGAGGUGCUCGCGCUUAAGAGAGGGGGGAGGAAAUGUAAGGGAGAGGAUUCCCUUACUAUUUUAUUGUAAUUGAUAGUAUGUUAGUGAUACACUCUUUCUUUAUUUUAAUAAAUAGUAUUUUAUUUAGCAUGGUACUUUACCCAGGGAUUUGCAUAGGAGAACAGGGGCAUACAGGGGUUUGCUGGUUUAUUGGAUCUUGAAGUCAGUUGGUGGCCUUGGUUCAGAUCCUGCGCAGUGCCUCCUCAUCAAGGAAGGUGGUGGGGUCUGUGAAAAGGAAUGGUGAUUGAGGGAGAAUGAGUUUACCAGUAAGAACAAUUGAUGCAAAGAACUGAUUGUAAGAUGUGGUUACUCACCUUUCUUCUUGUGUUUCUCCAUAGGUGUUUGGGCAAAUAUGUCCCCUGGGUCCAGACACCAUUUAAAGGUUCCGGGAGAGACCAGGGCUUAAGGGAGAGUGGGGAAUCUGUUGUGCUGGGGAUUUUGGGUUUUAUAAUAUGGGGUUUGUGUAAGAUUAAAGAGGGAGAUAUGUAUUAAUAUGAAUGUUAAAUGUAGUUAAGUAUAUAUGUAGGUUGAUGUGUUGUGUAUUAUGGUGGAAGGGGGGAAUUUAAGAAACUACCUGUGAGUGGAAGAAUGGUUUAGUCGGUGACAGCUGGAAGUAUUUAAGGCUGCCAGUUGUCAGAGGGUUUUUCUCUGUUCUUCUGUUGUGUUGUAAAG